AUGGUACCUUUCAUGCCCUUCCCUGCUGAGAUUGUCGCUAAUGGGGUUUUCGCGCAGUUUUUAUUUGAAAACUACAGAGUAAAAUUCGCUUUGGAGAGGCGCUGGAGUCUGCUUGUGUUGACGAUCUUCAUCCCCACGAUCCUCCUGCUGGGCAUCGGCUACGUCACCCUCUUCAUUCGCCUUGCGGAGUUUGAUGUGCGGACCGUCAUGACGCUGACAACACUGCUGGUGCUGUACACCCUCUUCAACCAGGUGUCCAGCGACCUCCCCGACACCGCAUACAUCAAGAUGAUCGACAUGUGGUUCUUCUUCUGCAUCUUCCUCAUCUUCGCUGUGAAUAUCCUGCAUGUAUUGGUGGAGCACCUCCCGUCAGGCGAGACCAACGUCUUUAAAAUUUCCUCAAAUGCCGAAAACAACCUGGUUUCAAAACUGAGGUAGGAAAUAGGGUUUAUCUACUUUUAGUUUUGAUUACAGCUCCAUAAUUCUGGUUGACAUGAUGGUACUAAUACGUAUAUUACCCAACAGGAAGGUCACCGGCCCUUGGACUAUGAAGACAGUGAGAGUUCUGGUCUUCCCAGUGGUCGUGUUCGUCUUCAAUCUGGUGUUCUGGCUGACCAUCUUUACUGCGGAUUAGCCUGACGAAACGAGAUGGAAUCCGGGCUGCUCGACGCCCCUACUGGACAGCUGAUGCCUCCUCUGCUGUCCUUAAGAAGAAGGAGGAUGGGAAUAGAUGACAUUUUAUUUUGCAUUCCUU